CACCCUGUAUGCUUCCGUCUUUACCUACUCCGUAUCCGUGCAUUUAGCCACAACUCGUUAUCUAAUUAUAGGUUAUGUUAUUAAUAUUUGGCGCCAAUUCUGCUUAAUAAAUUCAUCCUUUUGAACACGUUAGUAUUACCUGCUCAAUAAUAAUAUAUUAUAAUAUAACCAAUGGACAAUUUAAACGGUAUUGUGAAAAAUGAAACCGAAAACAAAGAGCGGCACGAGGAAUUUCAGUAUUUAAACCAUAUUCGCCAAAUACUGGACACAGGUGUGAAACGUAGUGACCGAACAGGUGUUGGCACUUACGCAAUUUUCGGAGCUCAAAUGCGGUACAGCUUGCGAGACAACAUAUUUCCUCUGUUGACGACAAAAAGAGUAUUUUGGCGGGGAGUUGUUGAGGAGUUGCUCUGGUUCAUAAGGGGAAGUACCAACGCCAAGGACCUAUCUGAUAAGAAAGUACACAUUUGGGAUGCAAAUAGUUCUCGCGAAUUCUUGGACCAAAUGGAGUUUACUGACCGAGAAGUCGGAGACUUGGGGCCCGUUUACGGCUUUCAAUGGCGUCAUUUCGGUGCCACUUAUGAAGGUAUGCACGCUGAUUACGAUGGCAAGGGCAUUGAUCAAUUAAAACAAGUCAUCGACACUAUCCGUAAUAACCCAAACGAUCGACGUAUAAUUAUGUGCGCAUGGAAUCCUGUAGACAUACCAAAAAUGGCUUUACCGCCUUGCCAUUGCUUAGUACAGUUUUACGUUGCAAAUGGUGAAUUGUCUUGUUUAUUAUAUCAAAGGGCGGCGGAUAUGGGUCUGGGAGUGCCUUUUAAUAUCGCCAGCUAUUCUUUGUUAACGGUAAUGAUAGCCCAUGUAACUGGAUUGAAGCCUGGAGAAUUUAUUCAUACUCUGGGCGACAGUCACGUAUACCUGACCCAUGUUGAACCAUUAAAGGAACAAUUACAAAGAGUCCCUAAGCCAUUUCCCCAUUUGCAUAUCAAAAGACACGUUGCCAGUAUUGAUGAUUUUAAGGUUGAAGAUUUUGAUUUAGUUGGCUAUGAUCCCUACCCCACUAUUAAAAUGGAAAUGGCUGUUUAACUCGCUUUCCUUUAUAUUUAGUGUUGUUCUGUACUUAUUUAAUAUUUUUUUAUUUAAAAAUGUAAAUUCACAAUCAAAUUUGUUGCUAAAUAUAUAUAGUGUGUAAUGUAAGAUAAUAAAUGCUUGUUUACCAA